AUGGAGGCCACAAGCGCUGUCCAGGCACCGCAUUCGUCUAUGCCUCCCCUAGAGUUGGAGACAACAACUUCCAUCCCAAGUCGCUGGAGAAUCUGCAUCCAGAUACUAUUCCGGUAUUACCCAACGACAGGAUACACCGAUCACCCUGAAGCCAAACUACCUCAAGCUAACCAGGAGGUACAUCUGCAUGCGAGGAGUUGCUGGAUUGCAAGGGACCAAAGGUGGCUUUUGGCUAGACGUUGGGAGGAGAAGAUUUCGAGCAAAGUUAGAAACAGAGAUGCGAGUCUUACAAAGGGCUCAGUUGGGAUAGAUAACAACGGAAUAAAACAUAACGAUGCAGAAAGCAUCUGCUUUCCUAAUACAAGAUAG